AGGCCAAUAAAUAUAGCUGUAGAAGUAUUCAGUCUCACGGAGCACUCUGCUGAGCCCUUGCAGUAACAGCUUGAUUAUAACCAAGCCCUCUCCCUGGGGAUUGCUAUGCAACGGUCCCUUCAAAGAUGUGCUGACUCCACCUCACUUGCCUCUCACGCCGCUGAUCAGAGGGACCAGCAGUGAUACAGAAUGUCUUUCUUUGUGGUGACUGUCAACAUACUUCUACUUGUUCAUGGUGCAGUGUCUACAGAAGAGGAGUUGCGGGCCCACCCAUUCACUGAUGUUACCCUCUCUUGCCAUUUCUCCUUUGUGGAGGACACAGAAAAUCUUGAAUUUUCUUGGGAAAGAGAAGACAUCAUAGAAGAAUAUGAGGUAGAGGAUGAUAAAGAAUAUUACCGCUUUUACAGGUACUAUGAUUUUUUUGAAGUUUUUUCGAAGUUGGUUUACCAUUUUCACAAUAACACAGAGCAACUGGAAGACCAGAACUCCUUGUAUGAAGGAAGAGUCUCUGUGGAUCGAGAUGAAAUUUUCGAGGGGACUCUGUCACUUUUACUAAGAAAUGUGGAUUUCUUGGAUGAAGCUGUCUACAAGUGCUCAGCUGUCACACCAGAUGGAAGAGGUGAAAGUAGAAUUAAGCUAAUAGUAGAAGACUCUGAAAUGCCCCAGGUGCAGUUUGCUAAAGUGGAUGAUGAGGACGUGGCCACGUGCAUUUCCAAGGGCUGGUAUCUUGCACCCAACGUGACUUGGCUAGAUCGCGCAGAGAGGGACCUGAGCAACCACAGUACCGUGGAGGUUCUGGAGGAGCAGAUGAAUGGCUUCUACAGGGUCUUCUCUGUCCUGAAAUUCCCCGUCAAGUUAAAUGAGAAAUACGUCUGCUACAUAGCAGAGACAGAUGCGAACAACCGGCCCUUCAGAAUCAUCCGCAAGUACCCAAAGAGAAAGUAUCCCCAUACGUAUGACUACUAUUGAGACAUUUGAGUAACGUCUGCCCAAGGGCCUGUCUUGCCUUGAGCCACCGGAGUCCCAGUUUUCUCUUGUGGAUGAGUCUCUUUUUAUCCUAGACACUUAUCCUGUCAUAAACAAAAGUAAGUAAGGAAGA